UUGAACUAACACUCUCCAAUGCUGCACCUACGCAACCUUCUUCCUCACUCCGGGAAGGCACUAUUUCUCCUUGGUCAUCAUCAUGUUAACAACUGGAAGAGUAGUUUUCAAUUGGAAAAAACUAUCAGAUUCUUCAACAACAAUCAUAAGAGACACAAGAAGAUCCAAUCUUCUCUACCUUCUAUUGAUCAAUUGACUAAUGCUCGUCUUAUAUAUUCCGUUGCUCCUUCCAUGGGCCACAACCAGGAGGAUCAUCCAGAAUCACAUUUUCGCAUUCCUUCAAUUGUGAAUGCUUUGGGAGAAAUGAAACUCACUCCGAAGUUUCGUGGCUCUGAGGUCGUGAAACUUCAACAUUUUGAACCUGCUUCAACCGAUCACAUUGCAAGUGUGCAUGCAAGAGACUAUGUUUCUGAGCUUGAAAAGGUUAUCGAUCAAGCUUUGGAAAAGGGCCGCCAUUCAAAAAAAAAUAAAGAUUUGGAAAAGGGCCUAGUUUUCAUUGAAGGUUCUGGACCAACAUAUGCUACGUCUACUACUUUCCAGGAGUCAAUAGUAGCAGCUGGUGCUGGAUUAGCCUUAGUUGACACAGUGGUUGCAGCUUCAAAGAUAAACAAAGAUUCACCUACUGGUUUUGCUUUGAUAAGACCACCAGGACAUCACGCUAUUCCACAAGGAGCUAUGGGCUUUUGCAUUUUUGCAAAUGUGGCCAUUGCGGCUCGUCAUGCUCAGCAUGUUCAUGGACUGAAGCGUGUGUUUAUAAUUGACUUUGAUGUUCACCAUGGAAAUGGAACAAAUGAUGCUUUCUACGAUGAUCCGGAUGUAUUUUUCCUUUCCUUCCACCAAGAUGGAAGCUAUCCAGGUACAGGAAAAUUUGAUGAGGUAGGUACUGGGGAUGGUGAAGGAACCACACUAAAUCUGCCUCUUCCUGAAGGUUCUGGUGAUACUACUAUUAGAACUGUGUUUGAUGAAGUUAUUGUACCUUGUGCUCAAAGAUUUAAGCCAGACAUCAUUCUUGUUUCUGCUGGGUAUGACGGCCACGUGUUGGAUGAUAUAGCUAGUCUUCAAUUAACAACGGGAACAUAUUACAUGCUUGCAUCCGGUAUUAAACAACUAGCAAAAGACUUAUGCGGGGGUCGAUGCGUAUUUUUCUUGGAAGGAGGAUAUAAUCUCAAGUCUCUUUCAUAUUCAGUGGCAGACACAUUUCGUGCUCUUCUUGGAGACAAAAGUUUGGCAUCUGAGUUUGAUAACCCAAACAUUUUGAAUGAAGAGCCCACAAAAAAAGUUAAGCAAGCAAUUCAGAGGAUAAAAUGCAUUCAUUCCUUGUGGUCGUCCCACUUGUCACAUAGAAGAAGAAAAUCCAUCGUGCAAGAUUGCUGUGGUCCUUGAAUGAGAACUUCACUCUUGUCAUAACACUUAGCAAUGUAAAUUAAUUAAUUUUGUCUAAUGAUUAUGGCAAAUUAUUUAUCUGUAUACUAAGUUUCUUAUGUUGCCAUUAAGUCAAAGGUUAUUCUCAUUCCAAAAACACUUUGGAAU